AGCUCUAAGGUCCUUUCUUCAGAAUAAUUUACUAGGAAUAGGUUCCUAUCUAUCCAUCUGGAAAAAAUACUGUACCUAUCCAAGCAUAUAUGCAAAUCUAAUCCAAAAGUAAAUGAGGAACUUAGAAAAAGAUUGCCAACUCCAGAUCAACAUAUUUAGAGAAAAUUGGAAAAGGAGAAGCUUACUACAGCUUUAUUUGAGGACUUUUGAAAGAACUCAGGGUUCUAGCUGUGAGCUUCAAUCGUGGAGCAAAAUCCAGAGACAUUGCCAGAGCAAAUAAGAACAGAAGUACAAAUGGAGGACUGGUCAAAAGAUAUAGCUGACAUUUACCUUGAACAAGAGACCACAGGAAGAAAUAAAAAUACACAGUCAGAUGAGCAACUGACUAUGAAUUCAGAGGGAAGUAUGCAUCAGAAAUCCAAUGAAUUAGAACAUACGGUCACAUUUAAGGACACUGAAGUGCUAGGGCAGAGAUCAAGGAAUUUUCAUCAGUCAUCAGUCAUCAGUCCUUACCCAGAUAAUGAGACAUCUGAAAAAUGCAGCAUUAUGGAAUGUAGAAAGAACGAUUUGAAUUAUGAAUAUAUGAUUCCUCAUCAAGUCACUUCAGAUUCUGAAGAGACAACAAUAGCAUUUCUUGUAAAAGAAUUGAAUAUUCUCAAAACAAGCAAUAAAAAGCUUCAAGAAAAACUGACUAAAGAAGAUAAAGAACAUAGAAAAUUAAAGCUUGUGCUGGAACUUCAAGAAAAAGCAACAGAAGCUAAAAUUGCUGAAAAGACAGCAGCUCUGGUUGAAGAAGUCUAUUUUGCACAGAAAGAACGUGAUGAAGCUGUUAUGUCUAGACUGCGACUAGCCAUUGAAGAGAGAGAUGAAGCAAUUGCACGAGUCAAGCAUAUGGAAAUGUCUCUAAAAGUGCUAGAAAAUAUUAACCCUGAAGAAAAUGACAUGACAUUACAGGAAUUACUGAACAGAAUAAACAAUGCAGACACAGGGAUAGCUAUUCAGAAGAAUGGAGCUAUAAUUGUGGAUAGAAUCUACAAGACCAAGGAAUGUAAAAAGAGAAUAACUGCAGAAGAAAUGAAUGCAGUGAUAGAAGAACGGGAUGCUGCUGUGUCUCAGUGCAAACGGCUAGAGCAGGAGCUUCAUCAUCUGAAAGAGCAGAACCAGACUUCAGCAAACAACAUGAGACAUCUGACUGCUGAAAACAAUCAAGAACGUGCUCUGAAGGCAAAGUUGUUAUCAAUGCAGCAAGCCAGAGAAACUGCAGUUGAACAAUACAAAAAACUGGAAGAAGAAAUCCAAACACUACGAGUUUAUUACAGUUUACACAAAUCAUUAUCUCAAGAAGAAAACCUGAAGGAUCAGUUCAACCAUACACUUAGUACCUAUGAAGAAGCUUUAAAAAACAGAGAGAGCAUUGUUUCCAUCACUCAACAGCAGAAUGAAGAACUGGCUACCCAACUGCAGCAAGCUCAGACAGAGCAAGCAAACAUGGAAUUGAAGCUUCAGCGUGCUGUGGAAGACUCCCAAGUGGCCAAUGAAAAAGUUCAGAAGUUAGAAAGGCUGGUGGAUGUCCUGAGGAAGAAGGUUGGAGCAGGAACCAUGAGGACAGUGAUCUGACUGGAAAAAAAAAAAAUGAGAGUCUGAGGGAAGCGAUCACAUCUGGUGACCAGGCUGCUUCAUUCAACACUGUGUAAACACUAAAAGCCUUAACUUAGCAAACAGUUGUUAGAAGUGGGACACUCCAACCACAUUCCAAACCCAGAUAAAAUCAAAUCACAAAUGUUUAACCACUUUGCUGCUGACUUGAGUUAUUCAUCCAAAUAUAUUAAAUACAGAUUUUUGCCAAU